AUGAAGGGCUAUCCCGACGAAGAGAUGAUCGAGGUCGGCUCCUUUCAGCGUCGAAACCAGCCGGCGGCCGACGACAGCUCCCAACCCUAUCCCCGGCCCGUCCGGCAAAACACUCGAUUCCACCGCCCGCUCUCGUACUCGAGCGCCCCCUCGGACGACGUCGUCGCCCCGGGCUGGCCGCCCACCUCCUCCGGCCCCUCCGACUCCCAGACGCUCGUCGACGGUCAGGACUCGACGGCGAGCCUGCGCUCCUCGUGGCGGACCGACCAGCUCACCGCCGCCGACUGGUCGCCCGCGCCGCAGCCUCAGUUUGCCAUGCACUCGGGCCCCUCGACGCCAAUGAAUCAGAGCAACACGAGCCUCGCCGCCCUCCUCCCCCACGCCGGCGGCCGCCACCAGCACGCGGCGAGCAAGGACUGGAGCGAGACGAGCCAGUCGUCGAUCCAGGUGCUGCACGAGCGCGACGACGCCGACACGUGGGGGGGCUGGAAGCGUCGUCUCUUCAAGGUCACGCCCUUCCUGACCUUUGUCAACAUGUGCCUCUACUUCACCUACCUCGCCCUGCGCGUCGCCUGCAUCGUCUGGGCCCAGCAGUCGGAAAACACAAUCUACGGCGCCGCCUGGGUCUUCAUCGCCGUCGAGGUCACCACGGCCCUGCCCGCCAUGAUCCACAGCGGCUGGACCAUGUGGUCGCUCAAGAGGCGUCAUCGCCGCAAGCUCCGCCUCGCUGGCACCGACGUGCCCACUGUCGACGUCUUCGUCACCUGCUGCGGCGAGGACGACGACGUCGUCCUCGACACCGUCCGCGCCGCCUGCGACCUCGACUACCCGCCCGACCGCUACCGCGUCAUCAUCCUCGACGACGGCCGCUCCGCCUCGCUCGAGUCCUGGUGCUCCCGCCUCAGCAUGACCUUUCCCAACCUCUUCUACAUGUCGCGCGAGAAGAUCCCCGGCAAGCCGCACUACUUCAAGGCCGGCAACCUCAACUUUGGCCUCGAGCAGACGCACCUGCUGCCCGGCGGCGCCGGCCAGUUCAUGGCCGCCCUCGACGCCGACAUGAUUCCCGAGCGAGAUUGGCUCCGCGCCGUGCUCCCGCACCUCGUCAUCGACCCCAAGAUGGCCCUCUCCUGCCCGCCCCAGCUCUUCUACAACACGCCGCCGUCGGACCCCCUCGCCCAGAGCCUCGGCAUCUUCGUCCACGUCAUCGAGCCCAUCAAGGACUCGCUCGGCGUCGCCUGGUGCACCGGCUCCGGCUACGCCGUCCGCCGCGACGCCCUCGACGAGAUCGGCAACUUCCCCCUCGGCUCCCUCGCCGAGGACGUCGCCACCUCGACCCUGCUGCUCGGCAAGGGCUGGAAGACGGCCUACGUGCACGAGCCGCUGCAGUUCGGCACCAUCCCCGAGGACUUUGGCAGCCACCUCAAGCAGCGCACGCGCUGGGCCAUCGGCACCGUCGACACCGCCUUCAAGCUGCGCUUCUGCCUCUGGGGCGAAAAGGUGCGCCGCCUGACCUUUGCCCAGCGCUUCUCCGGCUUCAUCUACGCCACCCUGAGCCUCUACUCGAUUCUCGUCUCCAUCUCCAUCUUCGCCAUCCCCGUCAUCAUCCUCAUGGGCAAGCGCCUCGUCGCCUACGCCACCGACGAGCAGCUGCGCUGGCUCAUCCGCGUCUGCUUCGCCUCCUUCAUCUCCAACCGCCUCUGCGAGUUCGUCCUCUUCAUCCCCGGCGGCUACCACAGCGGCCAGCGCGACGCCCGCUACCAGCUCUGGAUGUCGCCCUACAUCGCCCUCAGCCUCGUCCGCUCCUUCGUCCUGCCCAAGUGGCUCGGCGGCCAGCAGCAGGCCUUCAAGCCGACGGGCUCCCAGGCCUCGGCCCUCAACGAGCGCGACCCGCUGCUCAAGAAGUCGAUGCCGCGCCGCCUCUGGGCCAUCCUCGUCCACUACAUGGCCCUCUUCCACUUUGCCUUUGUCUACAUGACGCUCGUCGCCGUCGCCAUGACGUCGUACCGCUGCUUCGUCCUCGGCGAGUCGACGCAGGACAUCCUCCUGUGCCUCCUGACCCACGCCUUCUGGCCGCCCCUGACCUUUCUCUUCCUCUGCACCUCGCUCUGGACCCCCGUGUCGUACGCCAUCGACCCGCCCAUGAUGCCCGAGCGCGAGCAGCUGCUCGAGCGCGACCCCAAGACCAUGGUGGCACACCCGACCGAGAAGAGCAAGGAGAUUGCCUUUGGCGGCCAGGCCGCCUGGUUCGAGAUGGAGAUGACGCUCAUGACGCUCUACACGACGCUCGUCUUUGUCGCCUCCUUCAUAUACUAG